UGUCAUGUUCAACCCUCAUACAGACCAGUGAAGAACAUGCUAAUCACUGCUAGUCACUUUUUUGCAGAUAGGUGUUGCAGUAGAUUACAUCUUAGUUGUAAACUUGAUUUUUCACAGGCUAAAACCAUAGCACGUUUGUAGAGGCAGUAGAGGAUGUCUUUUCGUGGCAGAGGAGGUGGAGGAGGAAGAGGAGGUGGUGGCUUCAACCGUGGAGGAGGUGGCGGUGACAGAGGUGGCUUUAAUCGCGGCGGACGAGGUGGCUUUGGACGGGGAGGUGGAAGAGGAGGCUUCAACAGAGGAGGAUAUGACCAGGGCCCUCCAGAAAGGGUAGUUUUGUUGGGAGAGUUCAUGCAUCCCUGUGAAGAUGACAUUGUUUGUAAGUGCAAAACAGAAGAAAACAAGGUGCCUUAUUUCAAUGCACCAGUGUACUUGGAUAAUAAAGAACAGAUUGGCAAAGUGGAUGAAAUCUUUGGACAGCUGAGAGAUUUUUAUUUUUCAGUGAAACUGUCUGAGAACAUGAAAGCCUCUUCAUUUAAAAAAAUGCAAAAGUUUUACAUUGAUCCAGCAAAGCUACUACCUCUUCAGAGAUUUUUGCCAAGGCCCCCUGGAGAAAAAGGUGCUCCCAGAGGAGGUGGUAGAGGAGGACGUGGUGGUGGACGUGGGGCAGGAAGAGGCGGUGGUAGAGGAGGAUUUGGAGGAGGAAGAGGUGGAGGAAGAGGAGGAGGAGGAGGAUUCAGAGGAGGCAGAGGUGGAGGAGGAGGAUUCAGAGGAGGAAGAGGUGGUGGAGGAGGCUUUCGGGGAAGAGGACAUUAAAAAUGGAGCCAUGAAUAUCUCCCCGCUGUCUUACCAUGUCAUCUACAGAAGGGAAGAACCAGCAAAAACUUUUGUAAAGGACCCUGAAAAAGUUGUUUUUAUAAAGAACUUGAAGCUGUAAGAUGAUGAUUAUUUUUACAGCUAGUGACUGUUGAUCAACACAUGAGGAGUGUAGCCCCAGGCGAAGAGCUGAAGACCACUCAGAAUAUAUGGACACUUUUCUAACUAAGCCAGGAUUCAAUGUUAUUCUUAAACUGUUUGUUUCUGACAAGCAGCAGUCAAAGCUUGACUUCGUGAUGGAGUUUGGAGUAAACAGUCAAUUGAAAUAGGAAGACACUACAGGUUCACUACAUGCACAUUCAUCAGUGUGAACCUGUUACCUGUGCGUGACUGAUCCCUGGUUCUCAUCCUCCUUUUAUAUAGAAUCUUCUGGGUUGCUCUGAAAUGGACAUGCUUUUUAAACAACCUUUCUGAACCUUUUUUUAUAAACUAAACUUAAAUA